AGUCAGAGGCUGGACAUUGCAGUGAUGGCCUUGUUUGCCCGACUCUGCAGACUUUUUCAGAGAGCCAAUGUGGAUGGGAGAGAUACCAGAGAGGGGAGGAAGGAUGCUGACCUUCCAUCUGAGAGGAAUGAAGGACGAAGGAGGUGGACUUGGCGAAUGUGGAUGGCUCUCAGACAGACAUCAUCCCCUGUACCUGUCAUAAGCAAGAAGCAGUUUGAGAAGGAAGAGAAAAAGCUGAUCAAAGAGAUCCAGCUCACUACCGAGGAGACAAAUGAGCUGAGAGAUCGCCUGAUCUACGUGACCGAGGGAUCCAUGAACAAGAGGUGACUGAGUGCUGGAACCUCCAGGUAGCAGCUGGAGGGGCCUGGUCCCACAUGGUUCUUCUCAACUGCUUGCAGUAGUCCAGGACCCAGCCUGAGUUCAUGUGUUACUAAAAGCCUAAGUUCAUGGAGUCCUAUCUUCCUGGGGCAAGGCCCUACCACAGGCAAAAUCCCCUUUAUGAAAAAUUGAAGUUAAAGGAGAAGGAGAUCAUGACAUUUCUGCACAACUUAGAGAUGGAGAACAUGGAGGCCCAAGAGAACAAGCAGGAGCUCAAGAAGGAGACACAUUUCUAUCGUAACCUGCACAGCCGGCUCCUGAUGGAGGAGAAUCUUAUAAAGAAGAAGUCGAUGACAUUGCAGCAGGAGAGCAAGGAAGUACAGGCUGAUUGGGCCAUCAUUCACCAACGUUUGGUGGAAUUGAACCUGAGUGUAAAAGACGAACAGGAGAACAGCAAUCUUGAGACUCCAGAAUAUCAGGUCUCAGAAGCUGCAAGAGAGCUGGGAUUGGCCACAGCUGAAGAAGACAGCAUCCUGCAGAAUGAGUUGCCAGGCCAGGAGGCCCCUGCUGAGCACCAUCUCCAGCACCCACAAUCUUCCUCGGAUGAAUCUUCUUCCAUAUAAUUCAUUUUCUUAGGGUGAAUAGGCCUUUACUAGGAAGCCAUGGCUGAUCCAGUGCGUUGUUCCCUUUUCUCUUCAGACAUAGUCUCUUGGCAGAGAACUGAGGCGACUGCACUGCCACCAAGUGUCCAAGAGGAGCAGCAGGCUGUAGGGCUGUGCGGCUAAAAGUGCAGAAAUCUGUUUGGUUUUUGUUCUUUGAGUAUUGAUAUGUUAUUUAGAAGUUAUAUGUUCUUGUUCUUGUAUUUCAUUGUUUUUGCCUUUAACUCUAUAUUAAUUGAACUUUUAAAACCUUUUUUUUUAAAAUUCUAUUUCUUAUGAAUAAAAAUUGAUUUGCAAG